AUGGGCACCACCGAGAAGGCUAGCAAGCAAAGCAAACUAAGCAAGUUCAUUAAGGCUCCCAUUAGGAUCUUGACCAAGGCCAGGGACUUUUACAUCAAAAGCAUGACAGAAUACUCCGAUCGGCUCGGUUAUGGCACAGUCACGGGUUGCCCUACAGGCCAAAUAGUGAAUAACUUGCCUAAGAGUUUUAGUGUGAAUUCAACAAAAACAACCAACCAUGAUGAUGAUUAUAGAGAGCUUGUAAGGGCUGCUUCCACCAGAGGUUUAAGCAGUAGGGUUCAGUUGGAUCUUCUUCAAAGACAGCAAUCUCAAUCUCGAAAAUCUCCAAAUACCAUAACAAACUAUACGCCUAGGAGUCGUAGUGUUGGUAUUGGAAGAAUCGAUGAAGAAAAGCCUUGCGAUUUUGAAGAUGAUAUCAAGGUCAAAACUGAUGUAUUUCCAAGAAGCAUGAGCUAUGCUGUUUCUAAAAGAAGUACUGGAGUGUUCUAA